AUGUCUAGCAUAAUCGUAAUAUCUAUAUUAAAUUUGAUCGGUUUCAUCACUUCGUCGUAUUUGGAAACCGAAACAUUUAUGAAACCUAAACUAGAAAAGAACAAAAUUUUAAAUAAAGGCGUAUGGAUAAAAAGAACUAAUAAUGAUCAACCAACGAAGACGGUAUCAGGAGAUUUCGUAUUCAGGUCAAGUUCUUUAGAUGCCGAUAGUUUGCUUCUAAAUAAUUUCGAUGCAUUUGGUGAAAACUUUAUGCAAGACUCUCCAAUGGUUCCAAGUUACAUUGAAAGGAGCAAAAGAUCAGCAGAUGGUAAAGCACUUGUUAUAUAUAAACUUUUACCGUAUCCCGCGUAUGAACAAUUUUCUAAAGAAUAUAUAGAAAAUAGUAAUUCAACUGAUCUUUUAAAAAGCAACAUAAGCAAUGAUAAAGUCAUAACUAUGAAGUCUAAAUUAAUCACUCAUCCUAAACUGGUGACAGCCUCCAAUGAUUAUCCGUAUGAAGAGGCGAUAUUAUUAACAAACACUAAUAAAAGAGAACUAAUACGUUCGAAAAUUCGAUCAUCUAAACAUGAAUCCAAUAAAAAUAUUUCGAAUACCAGUACGGACUUGAUUUUUAACAGAGAUAAUUUAGUAAAACUUGAAGACCUUAGUAAGAAACAUUAUAAUAAUACUUAUCAUAAUUUUAAUGUUACACCUAAACGCAGCAUGCAACAAGACUAUGAAUCUGAAAUUAUUAAAAAGAUUGGAUUUACUGAGGAAGUAAACAAAACGGAAGAUAGCUACGAGAAAAAAAAUGAUCGAAAUGUGUUUGAAGGUGAUGAUAGAGCCUGGCAUCAAAAUGCUCCCGUGCCCGAUGUAAAUUCAUUUAAAAUUUUACCUAAAAACGAUGAAAAUAAAAAUAAAAACAAACCAAUAACAGAAAAGGGUUUGAUAAAGGUUUUAUCCAUGUUAACAAAAACUUUCAAGAAAGUAAUGAAACAGCAUAAUGAUAUAAAACGGAUACAUACUAAACUUAGUACAAUUAAUGAUGAGUUUAUGAAAAAUGCUCAACUAUUAAUGACUAAAUUUAAUGAUUUUGAUGUCAAGUAUUUGUAUUUAAUGAAAUUUAAUGAGAAUUUAAAAGAUUUGGAAGCAAGACUACGAAGCAAAGAAGAAUUGUAUAACAAUAAGGAAGUUGAACUGACAAAGAACUUAGCAGAAUUCGAGAAUCAACAAAAGAAAUUUUUGAUUCAACAAAGACAAUUUUAUAAUAUACAGAAGCUGAUGCUAGCACAAAACGAAAAAAUAAACCUUAAACAAAAUUUAAUAGCAAAAACGCAAAAUGAAAUAUCGUUACGGCAAAAUAAUUUUGCGCGAAUAUUGAAAAAAGCUAAACAAAUUUAUAUCGACGCUAAGAAUCCAAUACCACAGACAUUAAAUGCAAUAUUAUCUAAACCUAACGAUACAUCGGAAAACAAAACUAACAAUAUUGAUAAAUCAAUCUCAACAACAUCUACUCAGACGCCUAAUACUGAAUCAGUUAAAAUAAAUCUAUUGUCAGUUCCUUCAAUCAGCCGUAUCAUAAAUUAUGAUAAUCAAUUAUUAAAAGAGAAAGACGACCAUACAGUAGACGAUUUAAUUUAUAAGUAUUAUUUCAAUAACACAUACAUUGACGUUUUAAUGAAAAAUAAAAUCUUGUCUAGUUUCGUAUCUUCUCCUGGAAAUCCUUUCACACGUAACGUGAAAGGUAAACGAAACGAUCAUCCAUUAUUUAUUCAGAAGACCACAAACCUAUUUCCUGUGAAUAAUAAUCCUGUGAAGCAUUUGAAUCGGGAGAAGCGAUGGAUAAAAAAUUCUAAGAGAAAUAUCAAAAAACUACGUAUGGGUAAAGAUUUUAAUAUUUAUUCUGAUAAGGAUAACGUGAAAACAAAUCCGAAUAAAAACAAUGUGUCGUUAGAUAAACAGAUAGGAAAAACAUCGGCAGGGAUUAAAACCAAAAAAUCUGAUAAAGAUCCAUUUAUAACUAUGGCAACAAGUUUUUGUAAAGAAAUUGGUCAAGAUGGAGACGAGCAAAUGCUACACUGGUGCGUUGAAAAGGCAUUAAGAAGAUUACGAUUUCUUGCAGAUAUGAAAAUACCGCGGUCAACUGUAACUGCCAAACGCUCUGAUCAUGAUGGAGUAACACCAAUUCAGUCAACAACUCUGCAAAAGGACUCGAAAAUUAAAGAAAUGUCCACAGUAUUUGGAGAAAUAUCUUCAACUACCCCGUCUGCAAGCAAUACAGAUUACACAAUAACUGUUCCCGCUAUAACUGCGGCGCAAUAUACCACAGCUUCCGGAAUAUUCUUUCCAGAGUUGAAGCCCGAUACCGAAGGAACAGUUUACUACGAUGGCAGUGUCCACGCUAGUCAAAUUGACAAUACUUCAAAUUUAUUGUUAAAGGACAUAAAAGCAUACUGCCUAUAUAUGACACGAUGCGACUACGACGGAGUCUUCUACAGAGUGUUCUGUGUGACAUUGCUUGCCACGGCAUUCACGUUCACCGUGAUACUGACAAACGUGUUUAUCGAUAUCGAUGGAUUGUUGUCCAAGAAAGAGAACGUUACAUUUUUAGACAAACAAAACGAUGAAACUGCUGAAAAACCUAGUUUAAAUUUAAAUGGAGAUAAUAAAGAAACAACAGAUCCCCCGUUUGGCGCUACACUUGAAAGCAUAUAUGAUAAUAACUAUAUAGAUGACCAACCAGAAACACCUCAUAGAACAAAACGAUCACUAGAUUCUUCUAAUUUUCUUACACAUUUGAAAAACCCUAAAAUAAAAAAAGUUCUAACUACUCGACUCGCUAAGCUUCUUGAACAGUUAGAUAAGGAAGAAGAUUCAAUAGAAGAUACUUACAAAAGCGAAAAAUCAUUUAUCGCAAUAGAUGAUAUUAAGAAAUCUGUAGAAGACGAAUAUAUUAAAUAUCCAAGUGAGAGCAAACUGACAUAUGAUAAUGAAGGCGAAAGCAAUAAGAAAGACGAUAAAGAUUUAUUACACCUAGCUAUGCACAAUAUUCUCCUUCAAGGAAUCAUAGGACAUAUGGAUUUAAAUGAAGUGUAUAAAAAAAUCAAUAAAUUGGAAAAAAAAUUCAGCAAUGGGAAAAAUAUGAAAGGUUUUGAACCAACAGAGCAAGUUAGCAAUAAAAUAAACCAAAAAACAUCAUAUACGGUAACCAAAGUAACUGAUUUAGAGAAUUCAUCUGAUGUAGAAACUAAAUUUUUUGAUGAAUUAGUCAAAUGCAAGAAACUUCAAGAAGAAAUAAUGAGAAGAAACAAGAAAAACGAAAUAACUACUAUAAAAACCACACCGUUUCAAAAAGAUCCAAAAGUAUCUUUUAAAACGAUAAUUGAAAUAAAAUCUUUAAUUUUUGAUAAAGAUCGAAAGGAAAAUAAUGGUUCUCUUGAAAACAGAGGCGUACUUAAAAUUAUUUAUAAUGACAAAAUAUUAAAUGACCAUCAAGCAAAAACAGAGCCCUUACUGGAGGAUGAAAACAGAGCCAAUCGAGAAAACAAUCUAUCAACCGACAAACAGAUUUCCGGUGCAUUACCGGAGCAAUACUUUAAAAGCAGACAAAGUAAUAAUACGAGCAACGGUAUAAGCGACAGUAACAAAUAUUUAAAUGAUUCUUAUUAUUUCCAACAGGCUGUAGAAUAUUUAAAAAAACAUUCAUUUCAUGAAGAACAAUUAGAAUCGCUCCCUGAAAGUGUAGACAAAAAUGAUACAAAACGGUUAAAAAGGCACAUUAAAAUAAGAUACGAUGAAUAUGAUGAAACUACUCCAAAAAAUAAACCAGUUCGUAUUUCAAAAAAAAGUGAUGAUAAUCUUUACGUUGAAAUAGAAACACAUUUUGACAGAAAAAGUUUAAAGGGAGAAAAAAAGAAAAAACUUGUAAGAAAUUUAAUAGACAGAAUACAGAAAGCUAUAAGAUCUGAUGUCUAUUCACACGAAAACAACAACAAUAAAAAAGUACAAAAAGUGCAAAUUAAAAAGAGAAAUCAAAAUCCCCUCAAACAUAAGCAUUCAAAUACUUUAAAGAAAUAUAUAAUGCAAAGGGAUCCCGUGGAACACAGGCAACUAAACCCGAUUAGUAAAGCGCUAUUGUUAAAUGACCUGUCACAUGAUCUGGAAGUUAAAUCUGAAGAAAACGGGAAUCGACCAAACUACAGUCCUAUUUUCUUCACACCUUCAUACCUAGGUAACUCAGCAGAGAUGAGCAAUACUAAUUCAGAAUAUAACAAUGUUCUAAACAGCGGUAUUCCACAAAGAUUGCAAGUACCUUUAAAUACAGAUAUAACUAAUAGUGCUAAAAGUCAAAAUACAUACGCGGAUACAGGCAAUGUAACACUAUUUAUUAAAGAUAUUGAUGGUAGUGGGUUUUCAGUAGGUUUUAAUCAAUAUGUAGAUGAACCUCCAGAUGUUGAAAGCAUGAAAUUAUUUUCUGGUUUAGAAAAUUUAAUUAGAACAUACCAUGAAAACUAUGACCAAUCUAAUAACGAAAACACUGACGGUAAUGAUAUUAAUAAUUCCAUUGAGAGAUAUCAUGAGCUCACAAAACGCAAUAUUGACCUAGAUAGAAAUGAACAUAUUUUACUUCGCCGAUCGAUUCAAGAAUUAGAUAAUGAAGAUUACCACUCAAAUGCAUACAAGAUCAUUUUUGAUAAAAAAGUGAUUCCCUAUGAAACUUACCACGAUAUAUUACAAUUACCAAAUCAAAGAACUUUAUCAUCAAACUAUGAAUACAAGAGCAGCAAUUACGAUUAUAACCCUAAAAAUAUAAAAAUCAUCACUAAGGAUAUCAAAAUUAAGGAACUUCCAUUGGGUUUUAUGGGGAAUAAUAUUUUUAAAAAGGAAUUAAUGCCUUCCAAAAUUUUAACUUUAGGAAAUCUAUUUAAUAGAAAAAAGCGAUCAUUGAAUGUAAAAAAAUUUACAAAUCUUAAAUCUAAAAUAAAAGUCAAUAGAUAUCUUAACACAAAGUCUAUGCAAACAAAAAAAAUAUUUUUAAAAAACAAAAGAAACAAACGGGAAAUAGACAAAAUAAGAAUCAUUGCUUCUGAUCACAUGCCACACACACAUAAAAAUUCUGAUGAAAACAUUUUUGUAGUAUCAGGCGAAAAUUUAUUUACUAACAGGGCUGUACUAAAGGAGAUAGAACUCCCAGAAAGUGAUACUGGAGAUGACGUAAUCGCAGAAGAAAGUAAUGAUGAAGCAAUACCAUAUACUUAUGAGGAGUCUAAUCCUGAAACAGGUUAUCUAGCAAACAUAUUUGGUGCCAAAUCUACACACAAUGGUCUGAUGGCAAAAUAUCCUCAUAUUUUUACUGACGAUAUUACGGGAUCAAAACAAAUACAUUUUGGUAGAGAAAAUGAAUACAAUUUUCUCAGAGGUAGUAAUACCAACCAAUUUAAAUUAGAAAAAUUACUAGGCAUGCGGGUUACAACGGAAAAUAGUUCUUCAGUAGAAAGAGAUGUUGCUAUUCCUGAAAUUGUAAACGCCAUAAUGCCGUCGCCAUCCAAAAGCAAUUAUAAAGUUACCGUAAAAAUACUACCUAAAAACCUUACAAACGCACAUUCAGGAUUUAAGGAAAUGCAUACAGUUAUAAAUAAAACUUACAAUAAAAAUGGUUUGCAAUAUAUAUCAUUAGUUAAUGUUUCAGAAAUAUCAAAAAUAGAAAAAAUAAAUAAAACUAAAGAUUUAGCAAUGGUACCAGAUAAAAAAGAUGUAACUUCUACUCAUAUUCAAGAAGAAGAAAAUAGAAUAAAAUUACUUUUAGAACAACAAAAAAAGAAAAUAGAGCAACAGUUGGAACAGCUUAAUAAAGAAAAAGAAGGACUUGAAACAAUAUUACGCGAAAGAGUUGAUAAUAAACAAAGGCGUUUGAAUGAUAUUUUGAAACAUUUUAUGCAUUUAGAAACACAAAAGAAAAAUGAUGACUUAAAAUUUAUAAAUGAUCCAUUUAAUAGUAUAUUACAAAUUCAAAAUUUAGCAAGCAAUGAACAUUCUACUACAUCUUCUUCCAUUGCUACCGCUAAAGUGACUAAUGAUGAAACAUUGUGUACAAAAAGCCCACAUGAUGAAUUAAAGAAAGAUGAAAAGGAACGCCUAACCAAUGAAAUUUUAAGUAAAAUAAAUCAAAAUACAGAUAUACUUCAAUGUUUCUUACUAAAAUUAACUGAAAAAUUAAAUACAAAACCUCCGGUACAAUCAACAACAAAUCCUACACAUGUCGAAAAAGUUACAGAGAAAGCUCAACAUUUAAGAUCUCAUGCUGAUUUGGGUUUGAAUUUAAAUAAUAUGCAUGAUACUAUUUUUGGAGAUCAUAUCCCCAGUAGCAAUGACUCACAUUACGCUAUUCCAUUUGUAUACGCUUACCAGCAUCCAUACUUACCGCCAAACAAGCCACCAUUACCAAUGGCAAAAGUUGUAUACCAUGGACAUAUCCAUACUAAUGCUAUUCACAAACAUCCUAACGAACUGUGGAAAAAUAACAUAAAUAACUCUAAGGCAAAUCACAUAACGACUAAUGGAAAUCCUGAUAACGGAACAAGGUUCUUUAUAGAUGCUUUAGCAAAUGAUUUUGGUGUUAUACCUCCCAAGCAAUUUAAUAAUACUAUAAUUCAAUAA